CUUUGUUAAAGUUACAACCCCGUCUGCAGUUGUUAAAAGGCUAGAUAGAUUUAUCAGUGCUGGCUCCCUAAACAUCAAUUCACCUGCCACAUUUCAGCAGUUAUCAGAAUUCAUUCUCCCUCACAGUAGCAUACCCUGAAUGUACUGUCCUGCUACUGUACAGUACAGUACAUCCAUCAGAAGCAGAAUAUAUUUAUAACAUAGAGUGUUACAGGAACUGACAGCACCAACAUUACUCAACUGUUUCUAAUUCACACUUCUCACCACAUCUGCCUGGUGUUUGAUUUCAUUUUGUGUGGAUCGUGUUACCAUGGCUCGGGUCAUGAAGGUCGGGAGCCGCAGAAUCAUGACUGGAACCUACCUCUCCCACCCCUGUCCACACUUGCCAAAUAUAUACCCUCCUAAAGUAAAUAUAAUCCUGUCUGCUUCCACGUGGAAAAUGCCACUACCUGCUCAGCAGCAGAGUCCCUCAGUUGUACAUUUGGUUAGUAGCUUGACUCCCUUGAGACUCAUUUGGUCGGAGCUCUGCUGAACUUGUCCCAGGUCUGAACUCACACAGCCAUGGGGGACUGGAACCUGCUGGGAAAGCUCUUAGAAAAGGCCCAGGAGCACUCUACCGUGGUGGGGAAGGUGUGGCUCACUGUCCUGUUCAUCUUCCGCAUCCUGAUCCUGAGUGCUGCGACAGAGAAGGUGUGGGGCGAUGAGCAGUCGGGCUUCACCUGCGACACCAAGCAGCCCGGUUGCGAGAACGUGUGCUACGACAUCACUUUCCCCAUCUCCCACGUCCGUUUUUGGGUGCUGCAGAUCAUCUUCGUGUCCACACCCACGCUGAUCUACCUGGGGCACAUCGUCCAUCUGGUGCGGAUGGAAGAAAAGCAGAAAGAGAAGGAGAAAGAGACGGAGCAUGCACAUCAUUCAGACAAGCAGGCCCUCAUUGGGGAUGCAAAGCACAAAAAGGUCCUGUUGAGGGACAAGAAGGGCAGAGUGCGCCUGCAGGGGGAGCUCUUGCGCACAUAUGUCUUUAAUGUGAUCUUUAAAACCCUGUUUGAGGUGGGCUUUAUUGUGGCUCAAUACCUCUUGUACGGCUUUGAGCUGAAGCCCAUGUACACAUGUGACAGGCCGCCGUGCCCCAAUGUGGUAAACUGCUACAUAUCCCGUCCCACAGAGAAAACUAUCUUCAUUGUCUUUAUGCUGGGGGUGGCCAGCGUGUCUCUGUUUCUCAACCUAAUAGAGAUCUACCAUCUGGGCUUCACCAAGUGCCGCCAGGGCAUCACCUUCAGGAGAGGUGACCAGUCCCCUGAGACUCUCUCCAAGGAGCCCAGCGACGUUGCCGUGCCCUUUGUGCCAAGUUAUGACGACUACUUCCACAGGCAAGUCCAGCCUGCCUUCCCUCCCGUACCCAGCUACAACCUCUCCCCUCUGUCUGAGGGCACAGACUCGUCCUUCCACCCCUACCACAGCAAGGCUGCUUACAAACAGAAUAAGGACAACUUGGCGGUGGAGAGGAGCAGCAGCAAGCCAGAGGAAUGUGACCUGAAAGGAAAGAAGGGAGCAGGAUCAGCCCCUGGGUCACCUACGCAGGCCAGGCCCGGCCGCAGUGCCAAACACAGCAACAACAAGACUAGAAUAGACGAUCUGAAGAUAUGAGGAGGUUUAUGUUUCUCUGAGGGGUCUUAAAUUGCUGUGAGAGGCUCAUAUGUUAUUUGGACGCAUUCAUACUUGUUGAACUGACUCCCACUCCUUAAGAUGGCACAGGUUUGACUCAUUCCAACUUUGAGGGGGGGUGACAUUUAUAGGGCACAUGAAGAAGCUACAGUUGUACUGCGACGAGUGAAGACUGUGGCUCAGCAAAAACAUUUCUAAUGAACAUAGACCUAACCUUUACUGGGUAUUUUUUUCUUUUGAUUGAAUUUCACUUUUGAUUGUAGCAUAAAUGGUUUAGGGUAUAGCAUUUGUGGCAACACCAUAUUUUCAGCUGAUAUGUAUUAAAUGUACAGGUGUUUUGUGAAAUGAAUUGAUUGUGUAUGGUAUGCAUCUUUCCACUAGUCACUGUUAUCACUGCGAAUCAACAAAAAAUACAAUCUGCUCAGGUUUUACAUUGAGCUUUUUUUGUGAUGAAUGUGAAUGAACCCUUCCCAAACUUUGGGAACAGAAUCCAGGGCAGAAACUUGUUUGGCACUGACCUGACCUCAUUUACCGAAAUCAGAUAGGGCGAAUAGUUAAAUAUAACUUCCUUUAACUGUUUUGAGGUUGCCAUCUAGCAUAGUUCACUUGCAUAGACUUGAAGUGAAAAGUUGCGCAAUACCUGACAACACAUUGGACACUGGAGUCACUGUAACCACUUCCAGGACGCGCCUCAAAAGAAAUUUCACUGGUCUCAGGAGUUCCCACAUUUGUACUGCCUCUUUUUAUUGGGAGAGCUAGCAAGUACAUAAUUAGUAGCACAUUGUUUUGUUUAUACGUGUUUAUAUCUGUGUUUGUGUCGUUACUUUUCUGUAAAGCACUUGGUGACAAGCAUAUUUGUAAAACGUCUUGAAAUAAACCUGUCUUAAAUUUGCAAA